GUCUAUCAGAUUACAAUGGCAGCUCAAUCUGAGAACAUGCUGACAGUCAGCAUGUUACUGAGUGUCUUCUUUCUUCCAGGGGUUUUGACUGGCAACUGUUAUAAACCACCGACGCUCUUCAUCACUGCACCAGAGAAGAUUGAAGCUCUGACUGGAUCUUGUCUGCAAAUUCCAUGUAGCUUUAAUACAAAGCACAAAAGAUUUGAUAGCAGGAGGACUGUCUAUGGAGUUUGGAUGAAAAAGAGCCUCAAAUUUUCUCUUAAUCAGAACGUAGUUAUUUUCAACAGCAGUGAGUCAGUUAACACCUAUCCACUGAAAAUGAUUGGAAACCUGGGAGAGAAGAACUGCACCACUCUGUUUCCUUACUUAAACACAAGUUAUACAGACAAAUACUUCUUCAGAGUCGAGAACGGGCAGUUCAGAGCAACAGCUUGUGCCAAGCCUCUUCAAAUAACAGUUGAAGAUUCUCCUUGGAGUCCCAGCAUUAAUGUUCCCUCUGACCUGAAGGAGCAUCAGUCUGUCACUGUAACCUGCUCAGCUUUCACUCCCUGUCCACACUCACCUCCUCAACUCACCUGGAAUCUCCAACAAGACUCUGUUGGAAAAACAGAGAAAAACACAGAUGGAACCUUUACAACUAAAAUCCAGGAGAACAUCACUCUGUCAGACACACAUGAUGGAUACAACAUCACAUGUUCUGCCAGAUAUCCUGUGAUUGGAGGAAACAAGACAGCAGAGACAGAAGUGACUCUCAGUGUUUCAUAUGCUCCUAGAAACACCUCAGCAUCCAUCAGUCCAUCAGGUUUGGUGUCAGCAGGUAGCUGGGUGGAGCUGAGCUGCUCCAGCAGAGCCAAACCUCCACCCAGAUUCACCUGGUUCAGGAUCAGCAAACAUGGAGACAUUAAUGUGUCUGUGGGGCCAGUUUAUGGCUUCAAUUUUACUAAACGGGGAGAAUAUUACUGUGCGGCUACAAAUGAUCUGGGGAAUCAGACAUCAUCAGUGAUCCAUCUUAGCUAUAAAGGCUUGUCAUCUGGAUAUAUAAUAUGGAUGGGCAUUCUAGUUGGAGGAGCUCUCAUCAUCUGCCUGGGUGCUUUAUUUCGGUUCAUUAAGUCUAAUCGUCCAGCUCCUCAACAGACUCAUUUGGAGGAAUUGUCAACUUCUGCCUACAGCACUGCAAGUCAACCCGGUAUGGAGUUUGACGUCCACAUGUCAGCCAGUAAAUCUAAAGAAAGACUCCAAGAUGGAAAUAUGAAUUUCACCCAGAGUGGUCCUGAAAUUUCCACCUUCUCAGUGCAGGACAGCGGGCGGCCAGAGACAGUGUGCGGACAGGUUAAAGUGCUUGCUGACAGUCCAAAGGAUCUCUGUGAUGAUGAUGAUGAUGAUGAUGAUGAUGAAAUUGCCAUUUUGUGAUUUCUUUUUGUUUAUAGAGAUGUUGGUUCCUGUAAAGACAGGAGAGAAUUUCUUAUUUUUUCUGCUCACAGAUAAAUGAUCAUGGAUCCUGAAUUUUCCCUUCAACUCUCAUGGAUUUAUCAGCUUUGACUUCAUUAUUGUAUGAAAUAAUUAGCCCUCAUGCAUGACGUCACUUUCCAGCAACCCAGACAGUUUCAGACCAUUGUCAGUGUAAAAGAUUUCUUCUUCAUCUGAUGUUAUGAAAGUGAACAUAAGAUACUCCUUCAGUUUUGACUACUUUAGCUAUUAAAUAAAUACUUCAGUGUUUCUCAA